AUGGUUAGAAAGCAUAGAAAGCCCAAGAAGAGUAAUAAAAAAGAAAGAAAGUCUUCGAAUACAGAGACGAAGCCUAAACCCGAGGAACAGUCAGAAGUUAUCUCUGGGGUGUCUUCUGAUCUUAUAACUGGGCCUUCUCUUGGUACUCCGGCAGACAGGGAAGUGACAGGCACUUCGGAGCCUUCAGAGGCUUUCGAGAUCACAAUUUCAGAACCGGAGAAGGAGGAGGCGAUGAGUGAAGUGAAAGUUAAGUCUGAUAACUCUGAGAAAAAAUCAAUUGUUGCUUCGGACUCCUUGAAUAGGAAGGUGUAUACUGAAGAAAUUAUUGGAGGGCCCGAAGAGAGUUUGGAAGAGUCCACAGCUGAGGAUUCUGAAUUAAAUAUACUACAGCAAACCGGUCAGGUUGAGUUGAAGCCCACACAUUUUGAUGCUCGUUCAGCUGAAGUUGAGGUCAAUCCAAAAGUAGCCACUACAUAUGUUUCCCAGUUUGGAACUGAUGGUUUAGAAAAUACCAAGAACAAUGAAUCCAUACCAGAACACGCUACCUCAAUAGAUAACGGAAAGAAUAUUCCACCGGACAGCUCCGCAAAUACUGAGAGCAUGUGGGGGGAUGCUCCGAAGAAGAGUCAUGAAGAGUUAAAGCAGAGCGAAGAUAUUCAACCCAUAGUUACUGCUACUUCUGUUAAUCCUUCAGAUGCUCUUUCCUGGAAUAAUGGAGACAGUAAUGAGAAGAUGCCUUGGGAAGAGCCGAAAAGAGAUGAAAGUGCUCCAAAUGUUCCUUCUCCUGUUAAAAUGCCUGUUCCGUCUGCAGCCUCUACCUUUGAAACGUCUGCCCCUGCUGGAUAUACUGCUGACGUAAUUGAUACAGAGGACAAAACAAUGCCUUGGGGGACUAACGAGACCGUAGAAGAGAUGCGUUGGGAAAAGGGGCAUGCCGGUGAAGUUGUCAAACCUGUUAAGGCAUUUCAACCAAGUCAAUCAAUUCAACCCCUGGAACCUGCUCAAUCCGUUGAAGCAGGUUCAGAGGCUGAUCAUCCUGAUAACACAUUGGACCAUGAUUCUUUCUUGCAAGAUCUUGCCGAGGAUGUCACGAGUGCCCAACAGAAUUUCUCAAACAACGCACAGGAAAGUUAUAAAGGCGAAACGCUAGAACGUAAGUUGAGCUUCCUUGCAGAAGAUGACGAACUCUUGCUUGAUGAUGUCAUGGAUGAUGAUCUUUUAGAAGAGGAAUCCGAACUACCGAUUUCUUCUCAGGCACAGCCAAUUUAUGGCAGUCGAGCAGGUGCUUAUGCGCCCUCGAUCUCUUCAAUUGCAUCUAGCAACAUAUCUAGGCCAAAGUCUCCCAGCUUGCAGAAGUAUGCUCCCCCAAGCACUGAAAGUCCGAUGAAAGCGUCACUCAAGCACCAAACAAGCAGAGCUUCACUUAUUCCCUCCAGAACUGGAUCAGUCGUUAGUGCAGGUGGUGUAGGUGUUGCUCCCAUCUUUACUCAGCCAGUUCGUCCUUUCGGUAUUAGAGCUUCUGCCAAUGCGUCUCCUGUGCCUGCUGCUCAAACUGCUAGUCAGCAGCUAGCCUCGCAAGGAUCUCGUAUUCAUAAAAAGUUGGUUUUGAAGUUGGAGGAAGAGAAGCAUAAGAGUGAUGCCUAUGACUUCCCUGCAGAUUUACUCAUCAAGCAUUCGCCUGUCCUUCGGGCUAAAUCGCCUCACAACAAUAUUUAUGCUCAAAUGGAAGCCACUCAGAAAUUGCAGAAGCAGAUUCAAGUGGAGAUUCCUCCUUUUGGUGCGUAUGGCACAUCGGCUGCGGAUCGUCCAGUCAUUCGAAGUCCACAAUCAUCACCGGUUGUAGUCACCUCUGCCAUUCCGUCUGUAUCGUUAGAUCCUCCUCCACAAUCUGCGGCUAAAAAUGCAUAUGCAUUACCGGGAUCUCAGGAACCUCAGGCACCUCGGGCACCUCCUGCUGUUGGUGGUGGCGUUGGAACAGCUUCUGCCAAUAUCAAGCAGCUUCCUUACCAAUCUGGUUCGUUUUUUGCUGAGCUUCCCGUGUCCCCUAAUCUUACUAGGCCUGCUCCUCAAGUAAGAAAUCCAUAUGGACGGAUUGAAAAAGCCGCUUCACUUGCUGGUUCUGAUUUGGCUGUUUCUCAAAGAUCUCAUAUGAUACCAUCGCCGUAUACUUCAAAUGUUCAGCCGGUUCAGCUAUCUCAGUCUCAGCAGCAUCAGCAGCAAGCUCAUAAUAUUCGUGCUUCUACGACUUCGAUUUCUCAAGCAUCAAGAAGAUCCAACAAUCCUUAUGCACCAGCUGAUGUUGGAGGCCAUGCUAGGACUCUAUCGACUUCCUCGAAUCCUAAGCCUAUUAACCCAAGGGUUGUCCCUGUGCCAAGGAAGGCCUCCAUUGGUGAAGUUAUGAGUCCAGUAAGAGCAGGCAAUUCUUCACAGCCCCAGUUCAUUGGAUCUCCUACUAAUCGUUAUGGACCAUCUUUUCAGAGGCUGGGGGCUUCUCAAACCUCUCAGUCACAGGUACUUUCUCGAUCUCCUGGAUUUAGUCAACCACAAGGAUUCCCUCAGCAGGGCUUCCAACAGCAAGGUUUCCCACAGCAGGGAUUCCCACAGCAAAGCUUCUCACAGCAAGGAUAUCCUCAACACAACAUGCGUAACCUGCCUAAGUUGAUGGUUCAAGGAAAGCAGCCGGCGGUAUCCGUUGAUACAGUGUAUGGGGGUCCUCAUCCGGACUCGAGUGUUCAGUCUUCCGCCCAUCGUAAGUCCCGUAGUAGAUCUAAUCUUCCUCCACCUCCACUAAGUCCAAGUCUAUCUCGUCAUAUGCUACAGAAGGUCCCAGGUAUUGCAUCUGCUCCCGCUCCUGUUGUUGUGAAUCCUGAGAAUUUGGUGCGUAGACAGUGGCCAUUGUUUAGUUUUUCUGGUGCAGUUGAUGUCGCAACUAUGAUUCCAAAUUCAGAUGGUUAUGGCCAUCCGAUCUUGAACAUUAAGGUCACUGAUUUCAUUUCGGUCUGCAAGGAUGAUGGAAUCACUUCGAAUUUUCCUGGGCCGUUGAUCAAGAAUAGGACUAAGCGGAAAGACCUUGAAAAAUGGCUUACGGAUAAACUUGCCUCUUUCGGUUCUAAAUCCAAUGAUGGCCCUUACCUUUCAGCAGAUCAAAUGAUUUGGGCAUUGUUGAGAGCUAUGGUGACUGAAAUUGAAGAACCAGGAGAUUUCAGCAAGCGGUCAUACCUUGAUAAGGCUAUCAAUGUGUUGAACUCGUCAUUCUCGCACGAAUCAGAUGAUCAGAAUCGUAUUGAUCCAAUAUCCUUGGUCAGAGUUAUACAGAAUAGUACAUCUGAUUCGAAGCAGUUCAAUUGCAGACAGUUGGAUCGUCAGAAGUUAUCGAGAGUAUUCAGCCUUCUUGAAAAUGGACAGACUAGACAAGCUCUAGAAUUUGUUGUCGGUGAGGGAGAUUGGAGUUUAGCAAUUGUUUUUGCUGGACUUCUUGGUCCAGAAACUAUUUCUGAAGUUGUUAGACUUUACUCUUCGGUGAGGUUUGGUACUGAUGACCUUCUCGACCAGACCAUGGCAUUCUUUGUCGAUGCAAGUAUUUCACAGAAUGCUGCUAGCAACAGUGCUCCUGUACUCAAAGGUAAAGAGUCCUGGAUCAUUGAUAAUUAUACUUCGAUUGUUCCUCUUGUUCUCUCAAAUACUGCUCAUCCUGGUAGCAUUCUAUAUCAACUUGGAAGCAUCUUGAUGGAUUACGGAGCUAGAGACUAUGCUACUUUGUCGUUUCUUCUCUCUGGUCUGCCAAUGCUUCCAACAAAUAUUUCUUCGCUCCCUAAGGAUAUUGACUCUAUGAUUAUUAGUGAAAUCUAUGAGUAUGUACUUCUCUCUUCCCAUAAUGUUGCCCCAAACUUAUCAGCUGGCUUACCUCAUAUGCUCUCUGUCAAGAUCAAUCACGCUGGUUUCUUGGCCGACUUCGGUCAUUUUAUGGAAGCAAAACGAUACGGUGAUGUCACCGGAUCUAUCAUUGCCGGAAAGCAGGUACCAUACGAGCCUGUCACAGUUCUCGCACAGAAACAGCUGGCUGAAAGGCUUGAACAAGCUUCCGUGGAUGCCUCUGGCUGGUUUGGUGGUAAACUUGGUAAAUCUCAUAUUAACAAGGUGUGGGAUCACUUAGAUAAAUCGUUCAACAAGUUUGUGUCUGGUGAGGAGCUGCCAGUUUCCAGUGCUAAGCCCAAAUCGGAACUAUUCUCAAACUUCUCCACACCAGCACCCUCGAGGUCUCCGUCUGUUAUUGACAUUGUGGGAAUGCAGCAACAAGUCCGCCACUCUCCUCAACAUCAGAGCAGUCUGCCUUAUACCGGCAAUGUUUACGGGAAUCCUAUUCUGGGCGAUAAUUCUGGAUCUCCUUAUUCUCCUUUCCAAUCCGGUAAAUCUGUUGCAAAAGCUUCCUACCCGAAUAAAGCUGCCCUGGCUCCUAAGGGAGCACCGUAUAUUCCUAGAGCGUCGUAUAAUGCCCAGUCAUCUGGUAUUGGAAUAAACGCCAUGGGUAUGGCGCCUGCCCUCCCUAGAUCUAUUUCUUCGGAGAGUAAUUCUUAUUCUCCUUACAAGGUCAAGGCUCUAUCGGUUUCCAAACUGGGUUCUCUUUCGGCAAUUCCUCACCCAAAACCAGUUUUAGCUGGUGUGGGAUCUUCGCUUGUGCCUAAUUCACGGGCGUUCCAACCAGAAAUGCAGUCGAAGAUGAAACCCUCUUUGUCAGUUUCUACUCCCCUUCCAAAGCCUCUUUCUCCCAAAUUGUUGGCUUCUUCUUCAGCUCCACCGAUACCUCGCAAACAUCCCGAGCAUCUCAAAAUAGAAAAUACUUAUUUGCCCACUCAUCAGGAGUCAUCUAUGGCACCUUCUGUGGAUCUGUAUGCUGAAUCAAAUCUACCAAAGGUUGCUGCCUCUUCUGUUGCGGUUCCAUCUAACUCUGUGUCUGUUUUAUCAGAAUCGACCAUUCAUGCAGCUGCUCCUGCAGCUCCUCAAAUCAGCGAUCCCGUCUCUCUUUUUUUGGAGACUGAUAAAAGUCUCGCUCCGGUAUCUAAGGUUGCCGGUAGAGCUUUAGAGAAAUCACCAGAAUGCGAGGCCCAAAAAGAACUGAGUAUAACAGCAGAAGUUCAAUCCCAUCCCAUUUCAAAAAAAAGUGGAGUUGAGGUUAAUAAUGAUUCUGCUCCUAUAGAAGAGAACAAUGAGAUCUCCUCAGAAUUUACACUUUCCACUUCAUCUGAAAGGGAUGAGUUUGAGCAGCAAGAUGCAGAUACUGGACCUGAAACUGAACCUAAAGAGGAGGAUUUUGUUCCUGAAUCAGCUGAGGAGUUGAAAAUGUCACCGAAAUCGAUGAGGUUAUCCGAAUCUCAAAGUAGUCAUCCUGAAAAGUCUGAACAACCGAAGCCAGUUGAUCAAAACACUUCAGUCAAUGAGGUUCGAAAAGAUUCAGAUAAUGACAUGUUUUUAACCUCACCUCCGAUUAAGGAAUCAACACCUGCACCUGUAAUGUUGCCAGCUUCUAGCGUCCCUGUUGCUGCCGCCUCCCCAGUCACUUCAUCUACAACAAUUCUUGCAAAAGAGAAGUUCAAUCCUUAUGAGCCCCAUUUGUCACAUCGUCCUUCCAGAAGACUUAUCAAUCCAUACGCUGCCAUGUACUCUCGUUCUAAUACUGAUGUCUCAACUGAAGGAGCUACCAAGUACGCGCCAGAACCUGCUUCAAGAGAAUCUUCUCCUAAUGUUGAAAUGCCUCAGAACCUUAACGAGAUGGGUAUUCCUAAGGAUAUGAACAAUUUUGAUAUGUACAGUUUUGGUGGAUACCAUGUGCCACCUGCAGACCAGAAGCCCGCUGGUUUUGAAGGUACAGAAGAGAACAAAAAUGAAGUUGGGGAUCGGUCAUUAAACCAUGAGUCUGGGGAAGGAAAAGGCUCGUUUGAUGAGUCUGAUUUACCUCCUCCAACUGAUAACAUUUUGAAUCCAGCCGAACACUUGCGUAGACUGUUUAGUCCUCCUCCUCAGUCCCCUUCUAUUUCUAUGUCUGGUGAUGAGACUGUGUCCUCGGAUAUCAAAAAGUCGGCGAUUUACACAAUAACUGAAGAGAAGAGAUUAUACGCCAAUGAGGCGGACGAGUGUUACGAUGAUGAUGUUGUUGAUGAGGAGGAGGAUGACGACGACUCGGAUGAUGUUAAGAAGAAAAGACAGGAGGAGGAAAGAAAGAAAAAGCGGGAUGCCGAAAGAAAAAAGAGGCAAGAAGAAGAUAGAAAGAAAGAUGAUGAGGACAAGAGGAAAAGGCAUCAGCAGCAUAAAGGAGGGUGGUUCUCGUGGCUGUCUAAGAAAGACGAUGGACCUAAACCCAUCAAAGCCAAAUUAGGUGAAGAGAAUCAGUUCUAUUACGAUGAGAAGUUGAAAAGAUGGAUCAAUAAGAAUGCACCUGUUGAAGAGCAGAUUGUUGAUACGCUUCCUCCUCCUCCAAUGAGGAAACCAGGAGGUACGCCCCCAGUCGGUGGUGCUUUUGAUGUGCCUCCAAAAAUUCCGAUGAAUGCUUCUUCAUCUUCGUUGUCGCCAUCAGCUUUGUCCGCACCACCAAAUGGAAUAGGACCAAAUAAGGGUAAAAAGGGUGACGGUAUCGAUGAGUUGUUGAAUCUGUCAGCAGUUAGAUCCGGUGGUUCGAGAAGAGGAAAAAGUUCCAGAAGAGGCCCCCGUAGGGGAUAUGUGGACGUCAUGGCUCUGAAGAAAUAA